UCUGGCGAAUUCAACAUCUUUAAUGUUCACAAAUUUGGAACAUAUACACUAUUGCCCCCAUUUCACAGAUGGCGAAAUUUCGGUUCAAGAAGGUUACGUAACACAUAAAGUCUGAGGGCUACUUUAAGAAAAAUCUCUCCUUGAUUCCAAACUCUUUUCCUAUUAUGUGCAUAUUGGCCAUCAGAGUACAGGAAGAAAGCUUGCUCCGGCAUCGCUGGAGGAAGAAUGACUACGGCCAGCAGUCCUCAUAAUUCACAGUGCACAGUCGACUUGGGUGCUCAGUACAUCACGUGCACUUCUCAUUAUGCCAAAACCCACCAAAGUUUUUAUGAUGAACUGUUAGCUCAUGGUAUUUUGAAGCCUCUGACCUCUCCUAUUGAAGGAAUGGUGAUGAAAGAAGGAGACUGUAACUUUGUGGCGCCUCACGGAAUUUCUUCAAUUAUUAAGCAUUACUUGAAAGAAUCAGGUGCUGAUAUUUCCUUCAGACAAUGUGUGACCCAGAUUAACCUGAGAAAUAACAAGUGGGAAGUCUCCAAGGAAACAGGCUCCCCUGAGCAGUUCGAUCUUGUUGUCCUCACAAUGCCAGUUCCUCAGAUUCUGCAGCUUCAAGGUGACAUCACAAACUUAAUUAGUGAAUGCCAAAGGCAGCAACUGGAGUCUGUGAGCUACUCUGCUCGCUAUGCUCUGGGCCUCUUUUAUGAAGCUGGCACGAAGAUUGAUGUCCCUUGGGCUGGGCAGUACAUCACCAGUAAUCCCUGCAUACGCUUCAUCUCCAUUGAUAAUAAGAAACGCAAUAUAGAAUCUUCAGAAAUCGGGCCUUCUCUUGUGAUUCACACCACUGUCCCAUUUGGAGUUGCGUACUUGGAGCACAGCACUGAAGAUGUGCAGGAGUUAAUCUUCAAGCAGCUGGAAGACAUUUUGCCAGGUUUGCCUCCGCCAGUUGCUACCAAAUGCCAGAAAUGGAGACAUUCACAGGUUACAAAUGCUGCUGCCAACUAUCCUGGCCAAAUGACUCUUCAUCUCAAACCUCUCCUUGUGUGUGGAGGGGAUGGAUUUACUCAGUCCAACUUUGAUGGCUGCAUCACUUCUGCCCUAUGUGUUCUAGAAGCUUUAAAAAAUCAUAUUUAGUAACUGUAUCCUUAUUCUCUAUGUUCUCCUUAUUCUCUACUUUGGGUUUUUGUUUUCACAGUUUUCUGUUAUUAUUUUGUUUUCUAUUUCAUUGAGAGAAAUUACUGGAAAUUUGUUCUUAUGUCAUUUUUCAUAUGGAGUAUAAAAUCAAUUUUAUAAUUUCAAUAGUUACGACCCAUGCUAGAAUGAAAAUUCCUUGUACCUUACACAUUUUGCCACUUUUCUGAAUUGCCAUGACUACCCCUUGUUGGAGGAAAAGUAGUGCUUAAGAAUAACAAACGAGUGGCCGGCCCGGUGGCAUAAUGGUUAAGUUCAUGUGCUGCGUUUCUGCAGCCUGGGGUUCACGAGUUCGGAUCCCAGCUGUGGACCUACACACCGCUCAUCAAGCCAUGCUGUGGUGGCAUCCCACAUACAAAAUAGAGGAAGAUUGGCACAGGUGUUAGCUCAGGGACAAUCUUCCUCACCAAAAAAAGAAAGAAUAACAAAUGACCCUCCCCCAAAAUUAUGUCAAAUCAAAGUAACAGUUCAUGUUCCAAAGCCAUUAUUAUCCUUUUGAAAAUUUUAAUCCCAAAUAAAGAAUAAUCAUUAUCAAGGCCUCAUUAUAAAUCUUCAAGUAUGUCCUUGAUUCAAUAAUUUUGAAAAUUGCAAUCUACAAGUUUCCUCUAAACUGUGGAUAACAGAGUGUAAUUUUUGUUUCUCAUUUCUCUUCCAAGUUAUUAAAUGCUUCUGAGUGGUAGGUCAUACUUGCCAUCAUCUCUAAGAAUGCAGUUUGGAGGGCAACUUGACUGACAAAGAAUACUCUCUUCAAAUUUUCAGAAAAUAACCAGAUUCAACUUGACUUUCUUGGUCACACAAUACUUUUUAACCUUAAAAAAAUCCACUCUCAAUAUGAAAGAUAAAAAUUAAAUAGAAGCUGAGUGGAAAUAUAUCGAUCUUCAGCUUUUGUCAUCUCCUGUGCUGGUGCUGUUACCUUUAUGGGCACUCCAGUAUGUGCUGUGGCAUUUAGACGGUGUCAAGUUUAAUGAAUUUAAUACAACAAAAAAAUUUACUGAACCAGAAAAUAGAUGCACUUAAAAUAGUUCAAUAUUUGCCAACUUAGUGAUUCAGCUUAUCACCCACAUGCUUCAGUGACAAACCCGUGACUUGCUGGCUGGAGAGAAAUCGAUCCCAGCCUUCCAAACAAGCUACCUGUUGCUAAUUUGAAAAAUAAAAUGGUGAGUUCUAUUUUAUCAUUUUGAAAGGAAAGAAAUUGUUGCAGCCUUUCAAACUAAGAAAAGUUCAACAAAAGACUUCUUACCUUGGUAGUAUUUAAUGAUUCACAUUUAUAUGCCCACUCUCAUAUAUACACAUACAUAGACAUGGGCAGAACUUGCUUAUGUACCUACAAAGUGGGUUUUGUGAUCCUGUGGAAUGUUAUUAUAUGUGUCCUUUUAGGAAUCAAUUGAUGAAAAACUGAAAUGCGUACAUGUGGUUAAUGUCACUUAUUUUUGAAAGCGGAGAAAAGAAAAGGAAAAUUAAUGUGAUGUCUAGUAUGACAUAAUGAAAAUUAUUGAGAUUGCUUUCAUCAUUUUGGCUCAUAUUUGAUUAAAAUUUGUCUUUAUUUUGGUUUUAUCCUUAAAAUAUGGGAGAAAAUAUAUUCAAGUGUAUUAACUAACUAUUUUGCUUUUAACGAAUAUAAUUCUGGAGCCAAUUGACUGAAAGCAUCCUGAAGAUUUAAGAACAACAUUAUAUUCGUCACAUGAAUAUAUAUCCUCCAAAGAAGAGAGAAAAAAAAUGAUUUAUAAAGGUGGGAUGGGUUACCUAGAGAAAGUAUUCUUCUAAGCCAUUACUGAUGACUUUUAAUGUCUAUUCAUGCUAAGUAUGUUUCCCUAAUAAUUCAUUGAGAAGACUAUGGCAAUAUGAGAAAAGACUCAACCCUGCUUAGUAUGUACCUCAUUGUUACUCUGCUAUUUUAAUCGUUUUGAAAACUUAUUUUACAUUUAGAUCCAUCUGUGAUAGGAACAGACCAAUUCCCUGAUGGUCAAAUCAGGAAAUAAAAUGUAUCAAA